CUUUAGCUAGUCUAAACGCUUGAGUUAUGGGUAACGUUAGAUAGCUUAGCGUAACUCGCUAGCUAGGUAAGCUAACUAACUAUAUAAGCAGGCAGUUUUAGCCUAGCUAGCUCGCUUUAUUACUCUUUUAGUGGUAACUAUAUUAACUGCGCUAGUUUAUUAACUAACUUAUUUUCUUAUAUAGGUUAACUAUUUUACUUAAUAACGUUAACUAUGUUCUCUAAAGUGGACUGAACUUGAUGCUCGAAUUUUCAGUUCCACCUUAAAAGGCGCAGCACUCUUAAUACUACAUUUAAGGAGGAACGGAACAUUUUCAGCAACAAGCAAACUUCAUCUUCAGAGGUUUCUCUUCUGAGCCGCCCUAAUAGAACCAUUAUUACUGAAACCACUUGUAAACACCUAAUUAAAGAGGAACAUCAAUGUGUUAUCGAUGUAAUAGUCAGCAUGACUGCUGCUUCCCUCCGAAUAGGAGACCAGCUGAUCCUGGAAGAAGAUUAUGAUGAGAACUAUAUCCCCUCUGAACAAGAGAUCCACGAGUACGCCAGAGAGAUUGGCAUUGAUCCAGAUCGGGAGCCGGAGCUCCUCUGGUUGGCCAGGGAGGGUAUCGUUGCCCCGCUGCCUCCCGAAUGGAAACCCUGUGGGUGCUCGUUUGUGUCCAGCCCAUGGAGGCGUGUGUGUGACCCCCUCCUCUCCCUCCCUCCCCAGUCAGGACGUGACCGGAGAUGUGUACUACUUCAACUUCUCCACGGGCCAGUCCACCUGGGACCACCCCUGCGAUGAGCAGUACCGCCACAUGGUGACGCAGGAGAGAGAGCGAGCCCAGUCCCGACCCAACAGGACCGCCCCUGCCGCCUCUGGCUCCGCCCCCUCGCCAGCCCCGGCUGCCUUCAAGAAAGACAAGGAGAAGAAAAAGAAGAAAGACAAGAAGGAGAAGAAAAAGGAGAAGAAGAAGAGUGAGCAGGAGGUUCUCAAAGCUCCAGGGGCUCAUGCUCAGUCUGCAGCUGCAGGUGAAUCUCAGGGCAGAGAUAGGAUGAGUAGAAAGGGACGAAAUAAGAAGUCUGAGGCAGGUCAGGACGCUUCCAGAGCUUCCAGGGCUUUCCAGCCUGGUCUAAUCCUUCUCUCAGCCCACCUACGAGCACAUCUUCCACCAUCUCUAUCAGCUUCUGUCACCUCCACUCCACCUAUUACAGCCCUUUCCACAACUUCUCAUAUGGUGACUUCCUUAAUCCCAACCAAGAAAGAUCUCAGACAGAAAGACAGCAUUGCUGCCUUCAUUCAGGCCCUAGAGGGCGCUGUUGGCACAGUCUCGCCAGUGUGUCAACACUUAGAACAUUAUAAGCCCAUAUAUUUCCCUAUACCGACUUCUACACCUGCCCGUCCACUGCAGCAGGAGGAGAGAGAGGGAGCAUCAGAACAAAAUGUAGAUGAGACAGAGACAAUGAGGCAGAGCAGACUCAAGGCAUUGGGUCCCCUGGCCCCAUUAGGAUCUCUGGCUCCUCUAAGAGGCGUGAGUGAUGCUCCAGUUCCAGCGUUGCGUGGUUCCCUGGGUAGCGGUGCAGGCCUACAACCCCUGAAGACUCCAUUUGGGGGCAUGGUGUCUGGAGUGAGCUCCAGCUUGCUGAGAGGACGAGAAGGGGAGAAGCCAUCUCUGGCCCCGCCCAUUUUUCAAUCAGACCAGGAGGAAGACGAAGUGGACGAAGAGCAGGAGAGGGAAUCUGUUCAUGAGAGUCUGCGUGGCUCCUCGCGUCUGCUACAGAAUCUGCACUUGGAUUUGAAUGCUCUGGGAGACGGGCUGCAGUAUGAGGACAGUGAGGUGAGUGGGACUGGCCCUGCUGAAGAGAGAACUGAACCAGAGCUUCAGGAUCUGGCUCUGUCCGGAGAUCACAGUCCAGAACCGCCCUCUCAGGAUUCCUUUCGUGGGCGCCACAUCUCCUCCAAGCCGCCGGGGAGCAGCAGAGACUGCAGCAGCGCGGACGUUUUCCCUCCUAGCAGCAGAGAUGAGGAGUUACCCCACAAAGAGGAGGACAAAGAAAACAAAACAAGGGAUGAGGAAAAAGAUGAGAGGGAAGAAGAGGACUGUGGAGAAAGGGAUGAAGAGUAUGUGAACAGGGAAGAAGACUGGGAAUCUCAGAGAGAAGAGAAAACUGAGAAAGGUAAUGAAGCAACGGAGGGAAGCGAGGGCGGUAAGCAAUGGACUGGAGAACAUGCAGAUGAAGGAAAGAAAGAGAGUGAUGACGAGAUACUGGAAGAGAUUGGAGAGGAGGUAGAUAGGGAAGGCUCUGAGGAGGGAGAGGGGGAUGAACUGGAAAAGAGGAAUGAAAGCGAUGCAAGCAAGACUGUUGAAAGAUUUGUAGACAAAAAAGGUGCAUCUGGAAGUGAACGUUCCCUAAAAGAUGAAGAUGAGAGCAAGGGAGGAGAGGAGGAAAGAAAGGAGGGGGCAAAGAUGAAAGAUGAACCAAUGAUACUGGAUAAAUCGGAAAAGGACGAGAGUGAUGAGGAGGUGCUUGAGCGGUUUGGAGAGAAGCAAGAGGAGUCCCAAGCUGAUGAUCACAAAGAAAAGGAUGAGAGUGAAGGAGGAGAAGAGGAGUUGAGUAAGGAGGAAAGAAAGAUGGAUAAGAACAUGCUAAAAACUUCAGAGGAAAGUGAAAGUGAGAUCAUUGAGAGAUUUGGAGAAAAACAGGACGAGUCUGGAGCUGAAGACUACAAAGAGAAAGAUGAGAAGAAUGAGACUGAAGGAGGAGAAGAAGAUGUGAGUAAGAAGGAAAGAAAGAUGGAUAAGGAUACACUGGAAAUCUCAGAAGGGUGUGAAAGUGAUGAGAUCAUUGAGAGAUUUGGAGAAAAGCAGCAGCAGAAGCAAGAGUCUAGGGCUUCUAAAGAUGUGGAGGAGAAAAGAGAUGUAGAGAAGGUGGAAAAGCAGAAGACGAUGGAGAGCUCAGAAGUGGACGACAGCGAUGGAGUCCUUGAGAGGUUUGGAGAAAAUCAAGAAAAGUCUAAAACUGAUGAACCUCAAGACAAAGAUGCAAGUCUAAAGCCUGAAGGAAAAGAGGAUUAUCAGCAGGCUAAAGAGACGGAAAAAGACGAGAGCGAAGAGAUUAUUGAGAGAUUUGGAGACUCUGGAGCUGAAGAUCUUGUAGAGGAGGACAAAAAAGAAGACUCUACAAAGGAAGCAGAGACAAUGGACGAGGAAAAGAAGGAUGUUGGUGUAUUGAUCUGCAAGGAAUCGAAAGAAUUCGAGCAAGACUCUGAGGAGGAGCUGGAAAGAUACCUCCACAGUUUGGAGAAAGAGCAACAGAGUGAGCACAUGGAGUCAGAAGACGCAGACGAGGUCAUGAAAGGACAAACACAAGGACAGGACAGAGUCUCAGAAGAGAAAGUAGAGAACAGCGAUGACCUGGAAAAGCAAGAGGUAAUAAGAAAGAAUGAGAAAAAGGAGAGUGAAGAACAAGUAGAGAGAUUUGCACAAAGUUUGGACCAUGAGGAAACGAGGACAAAUGAAGGAGAAAAGAGCGACGAAUCGAUAGAAGAGUGUGUGAAGAGCGAAGGAGAGGACCAAAAAGAUGAAGAUAAAUACUUAAGCGAUGAUGAUGAUGAGAAGGAAAGCCUUAAAUCUGAGGCAAAUCUGCACAAAACAGAUAAACCUCAAAGCAAUAAACCGAGCAGGGAGGAAGACAUUGAGCGUUUUGAGAGCCCCAAACUAUCGACAACCAAAACCCAAAGAGCUCUAGACGCACCUUCUCAGAAAGGCAUUCAGGGAAAGAAGCUCUUCCCAAAGUGGAAUCGACUCCCCAGUGAGGAAUCAGAGGCCAGCGAGCACAUUGAAGAAGCGUCGGACCACUCUAAUGACAUCAAGAUGGGCUUCCGGUCCAAGUUUUCAGAGAACAUUCUAGACCUGACUGACCUUCCUCCAGCAGAGUCUUCAGGAAAACUGGAUGAGAAAAAGAAAGAUAGAGAGUGGGCUGAAGAUGAUGGCGUGGAGUUUGGGGUGCUAAGAAAAGAUGCUGCAGACAGCAGGCAUCUGCUGUCCCCACAUCUGGACAAAGUUUCCUCCCCUCCAUCUUCCUCCUCCCUCUCUAAACCCUCCAGCCCACUGCACGAGCCCCUCAGAACCUCCAGCAUCAACAGCACCCCAUUCUGGCCGAGACCGGAUACGGCCCGCGGGAGACUGACCAGAAGCACCUGUGCAAACGAUGAAGAGGGGGACAGGAAGCUGGAGGAGGAGAGAAGGAGAAAAGAAGCUGAAGAGAAGAAAAGACAGGAACAGAAAGAAAGAGAGGAGGAGGAAAGGCAGAAAAGGGAGAAGGAGAGAGAGAAAAGAGAAAGGGAAGACAGAGACAAUAUUAGAGGAGAAAAAGAGUACUCUUGCUUGUGGCUGCUUCGAGAACAAGCCAGUGAAGAAGAUGAGAAGAAAGCAGAGGAGGAAAGGAGGAUGCAGAAGAGGAAAGAGCUGGAGGAGAGAAGGAGGGAGGAAGAGAAGGAGACUGAGAGACAGAUGGAAGAGGAGAGGCUUAAAAUGGUGGAGGAGCGAGAGAGGAGACUAUGCCUCCUCCGAGACGAGCUGAGGAGAGGGGAGGAGGAGGAGGAGCGAAGGAUGAAGGAGGAGAAGGAAGAGAGGAUUAGGGCUGUAAAGCAGCGGCUACAGAAAGAGCGGAGAGAAGAGGAGGAUCGUCUGGAACAGGAAACACAAAGCAAACUUCAUCAAUUCAGAGAGCAGUCCCGAAAAGAGAGGGAAACGCAGAUACACACACUCAGGGAGGAGAACGAGGCUCGGCUGAGAGAAAUGCGCUCGGAACUGGAGGCGGAGCGAGAGAGGCUAGAGGUGCAGAGAAAGAGAGAUCUGGAAACACUGAGGGCGGAGUCAGAGGAGGAGCUUGCAGCGGAGAGGAGGCAGUUGCAGGACAGGAGGGAGGAGCAACUACAUUCACUUAGACUAGAGGGGAGAGCCAGUGACCGACAGAGAGAACUGAGGAGUCCUCGUCCUGAACAGCAACUGUCCGAAUACCAGAGAGAGCUGUCUGAUGUGUUGCAGGAAGUGAGGGAGGAAGUGCAGAGAGAGCACAACAGAAAACUUGAACAGAUCAAAGAGGACCACCGGCAGCAGCUACACACAAUCAGAGUGACACACAUGGAGGAGGAGAGUAUGCAGAGGGAGCGGUUGCUGGGUUCUCUACAGGAGGAGAGGGAGAGGAUGCUAUCCUCACAUUCAGCUCAGCUGGAGCAGCUCAGACUGCAGCUCGACUCCCAACUCCACAACAUCCGCAAAACACACACACACAAGGAGGCUGAAGUACAGGAGAUGAUGGAGCAGCUGGAGCUAAAAGCCAAAGAGCUCAAAACUCAGGAAACAAGAUUACAGGCCCAGGCAGCAGAUUUAAAGAAGAGGAGGCAGCUGCUGGGUGAUGAAGAAGAUGAGGUUGAGAGAGGGAUAGAGGCUCUUCCCCGUCUGCUCAAAGAGAGGGAUCGCCUGCUUGCCGAGCUGGAGCGGAUGAGGGAUGAGAGAGACAGAGCAAGGGAUGAGCUGGAGAGAGAGAAGGAGGAGAGGAAGAGAGUGAGGGAUGAGCUGGAGAGAGAGAAGGGGGAGAGAAGAAAGGAGAGGGAGGAGAAUGGAAGGACCAGGGAGGAGCGAGAAAGACUGCAGACAAAAGUUUCUCUCCUGCAGGAAAGGUGUGAUCGACUCAGCAGGAGAGUCAGUGAGCUGGAGCAGAGAGAAAGUGUGGAGCAUGUGGAGAGAAAGAAGGAGGUGGAGAAGAAUGGAGAGAAAGAAGAGAUGCUCAGAGUGGACGAUCUACAGCCUCCUCUCUCUCCAGCCCCAGUGUCCCGGGACAGUCAAAGCAGCAUCGAUGAUUUGCGAGAGUAUAUCUCGUGUGAGGGCGUGUCUCUGCAGAGGGCGCGACGAUUUCUGGAGAGUCAGACAGGCAGUCUGAGAGAGAGACAGGCAGCACUGAGGGCUGCCCACACCAGUCUGCAGGACCCCACACCAGGGGGCUUCACUAGCCAACUCUACGACAACCUAGAGCAGGAGGCGAGUCACCUGGAGGAGCUGAGGGAGACUGUGCAGAAAGGUCAUACCCUUCUCAGGAAGAAGGAGGAAAGACUGAACCAGCUGGAAACCUCGCUGGUCGAGGAGCUGUCGUGUGACGAUGGAGAGAGGUUGGCAGGAGACAGGAAAGUGACAUUUGACGUUACAGACUCUGAGAUCAGCAGUGCGUAUGGCCACGAAGGAACAGCUCCUACAGUUCCAGUGAAGGUGCAGCAGCUGGCCGAUUCGCUGCAGCACAUCUCCGGUCAGCUGAAUACGGUUUUAGGGGCAUUGGGAUCCCUUACCCAGAGAACAGCGCCCCCUCUGGCUGCACACGCACCACUCCAGCCUCUCUCUCAGCCUCUCUCUCAUCGAUCCUCCUCACUUCCCCCCACCUCCAUGUGGGCAUGGCCCCCAAGCCCCGCCUCCUCCACCUCUAUCACCAAUCAGAACGGGUUUGCACACAGCAGUGGAGUAAAUGGAGUGACACCUUCACGUGGAUCUUCGGAUCUUCUCUUCAACUCCCACUGGAGCAGAUUCCUGCCUGGGUCUUCCAUGGAUACCAGUACAGCCAUUCCCACGAGAACACACACACCGUAUUAUGGAUACACUCCAAAAAGUCUCUCUUCCAUUCAGUCUAAAUCGUCAGAGAUGGACAGCCAGACGUUGCAAGGACUGAUUGAAGGAAACAAAAGAUGGCUGGAAACACGACGCAAAGACCCCAGCAUGCCUCUGUUCUCACGCUACAGGACUCCCUCCUCCACCAGUGGUUUGGUCCAACUCAGCCUGGAUGAGAACAAUCAGAUAAAGGUGUACCAUUACUGAAAACAAACCAGAGUAGGGGGGUUCAAUUCUGCAGUGUUUUUACACUACAAUAAUAACUGAAGCUGUGAUCGGUACAGUGGAGACUAAGCAAAGCACAAUCUUCAUACUGUGUGUGUGUGUGUGUGUGUUAGGGCUGCACAAUAUACAUCGCAGGACAUGCAAUAUAUUUGUGCAUUAUUUAAGGUUAUUUAAAAUGUUCUUCAUUGUAUCUUAUUACUAAAGCCAUCCAGACUACAAGGAAAAACAUUAAAUAAUGUUUUAAGCUUCUCUAAGCACCUCUUGCUUAGAUUAGACAGCUUUGCACAUCUUGGCUGGAUUUUCUCAGUCAGUUUUAUGAAGUGGAGUCACCUGGCAUUUCAGGCUUUUAGUUAACAGCUGUGCUGAACUCGUCAAGAGUUAAUGACUUAAAUGUCUUGCUGUUCUUAAUGUGUUUGAGAGCAUCAGUUGUAAAGUUGUGAAGAGGUAGAGGUGGUAGUGAAUAGUGAACAGUAAAUAGCUCUAUUAGAGUAAUGUUCUAAUCCAUGUUAUGGUAAGAAGUUACUCUAAAUAAGUAAGUAAAGACAAAAAUGACUUUAAGAAAUGAAGGUCAAUCAAUCUGAAACAUUUCAAGAAUUUUGAAAUUAUCCACUAGUGCGGUCGCAACGACCAUCAUAAAUACAUUAUGAUGAAACUGGCACUCAUCAGGACCACCCCAGUAAAGGAAAUGUUAACAACACCCCAGAUAAGAGUAUUUUGGUUUGUUUAACACUUUUAAGUUACUACAUGACUCCUUUUUUAUGUUCCUUUAAAGUCUGGAUGACUCCAGUAUUAAUUUACAAUGCAGGAAAAAAGAAAUUCAUUGGUACUCUAUAUCGCAGAACAACUAAAUAUCCCAAUGCAGCCCUAGAGUGUGUGUGUGUGUCAGAGACAGAGAGAGAGGCAGAACAUUUUAUUCCAGUUAUGUUUUAAAUAGUUCUUACAUUUCGCUCAUCUGCUGACUUACCACGGACAGUAGGUACAGAUCCCUCCUUCAGACAAAGUCUGCUAGCUUAUCCUGCUGUGUACUGAUCUGGGUUCUCAACCAGCAUAAUAACACAGUUACACGUUACUUUUACACGUUACACAUGUACACAUGUUAAUUCAUGCACAUUAUGUGGCCAAAAGUUUGUGGACACCUCUUAGCCAGUUUUUCUUCUAAGGCUAUUAACUGUAAAUAUGCCCACUUUUGCUGCAGAAACAAUCUUUAUACUCAUAGGAAACCUUUACACCUAAUGCACAAACACUGCUGUGAGGUGCAUUUGAUUGCAUUCAGCAAGAGCAUCGUUGAGGUCAGGUGCUGAUGUUGGAUGACCAAUUCUGCCUCUCGAGUGUCGUAUUCUAUUGGUCAGUGCUUUUCUGUAAAGAUAGUGGUGUCCACAUACUUUUGGACACAUGUAGGGUUUGUUACAACAGAGAUGAGAGAAACACAAAUGUGGUAGAUGAAGCAAAGGCUGUGUGUUUUGAGAACAUGUGUGACCAUGAACUGGAUUCCCAGAAAAACUGGGUUUUCUCAGAAAGAAAUAACCUGUUCUCUGUCUUAAUGAAGGUGUUUCUCAGGUGUGAGACCCCUUUUAAAGGGGACAUUUUUAACAUAUAGACCCCAAUUAAACUGUAUACGCAAUCUAGCUCCCCAGUGGGUGGACAAUUAAAUCAAGGUAUUGUUAAAAAAUUUGCAUACAUAUUAUGUUAUGCUAAUGUGUUUUGUGUAAAGCCCCUGGGAAACUACGUCUAAGUUUAUUUUGGUUAUGUUAUUAUUCUGGCUCCUCAGGGCAGUGUACAUCAGAGAGAUAAAGCUAAACCCUGAUCAAACCUUAUGAUCUAAAGCUAAAACUUAAUCCAGAGAGCUAAAUCUUAACCUGAACCUGGAGAGCUAAACCCAAGGAGCUAAAGCUAAAUUUUAACCUAAACGUGGAAAUCUAAACCUAAAGCUAAACCAUGAGAGCUAAAUCUAAUGCUAAACCUGGAAAUCUAAAGGUAAAUCCAGAGGGCUUUAUGAAUGUGUGGCUUUAACAUGCAGUUGUGAUAUCCAGGCUCCGCCCAUAAAUAUCUUCUUUCUUGGCUGCUGUUGGCUGUGGAAAGACAACCUUUACAGAACACUGGUUGAGUAAAAUUAUAUUAUGUUCAGAUACUGUCAUUUUUUGAGAAGGUAUCUCAUUAUUUCGAGAUAAUACGUUUUUCUGAGAUGCUAUCUCAUUAUUUUUAGAUGCUAAGUAAUUUUGGGAUGAUGUCACUAUUUUGAUGUACUGUCAUUUUUUGAGAUAUUCGUGUUUUUGAGAAAUUAUUUUCAGAUGCUCUCUCAUUAUUUUGAGAUACAUUUCGGAGAUGCUAUCUAAUAAUUUUGAGAUACUGUAAUUUUUUGAGAAAUUAAGUUGUUACUGUCAGGUGCUAUCUCAUUAUUUUGAGAUACUAAAUCAUUUUAAGAUACCAUCUUGUUAUUUUAAGAUACUAAAUCAUUUUUAUGUCAUUAUUUUGAGAUAUAUGAAGUAUCUCUAAAUAUCAAGAUAGAUAGAUAGAUAGAUAGAUAGAUAGAUAGAUAUAUAGAUAUAUAUAUAGAUAGAUACUUUAUUAUCUGGAGCAUCUCUAAAUGACUUAGUAUCUCAAAAUAAUAAGAGUCGAAAAAAUCUGAAAAAAAAUUAGAUACUAAGCCAUUUUGAAAAGCUCAUUUUGAGAUGCUAUCUUGUUAUUUUAAGUCAGCAAAAAUCCACUUACUAUUUUAUAAUAAUGAGAUUUUGAGAUUGUUGCUGGAUUUAUUUUUUAUAUUCGGUGGUGGUGAGGAGCUUUCAUAGCCUAGCGAUGCUGCAUUGAUUGGCAGAAGUUGGAAAAGAGGCGGAGUCUAACUUCAUUGCAGGUGAUUGGGUAAUUGGCUCAGCUGAAUUGUGGGGAAAUAUUUAACCCUAAAGAGAGACGGUAGCUCCAUGAGGAAUACAAUUUUACAAGAGCUGUGUUGUCCAACCUAGCAACAGUAGCUACGGAAGAACACAUUAGUGGGCGGAGCCUGGUUAGGGCAACAGUAGCUGAAUCUCAGCAGUGUGAAUGCUGAUAUAAAUGAUGAUUUUUUUUUACAAUAAUGGAAUUUUACUAUAAGUUUCCCUUUUGCCUUACUGUAAAAGCAGAUAGUCUAAAACAAAGUCGCUUUUUAGCAGCUUUUUAGCUGUUAUUUUUGGAAACCAAACCCCCCAGCUUGCUUCCACAUCCUGUACGUUACUGACUGAGAGCUUACUAAAUGUCUUAAGGGCCGGCCCACCAGCAGCAUUUCUGUAAGCCAUAAGCAAACGUCACAAAAAGCACAAGGUUGUUUACAAACGUGUCACUUUGGGACCAAGACCGAGUUUAGCCUGUAAACCCCGCCCCCUUUUUUGUGUAGAUGUGAAUUUGUACAUUUAUUUUUGUAAGACUGAAAUAAAUGCAGUGUUUUAUAUCA